AAUGCGGCUUUCAAUGUGAUAGAGGAAUGCCCUUCUCCGACACUUUUUGGAUACCCAAGGGUCUGGGAACUGUGAUGAAGAACUAAAGGAAGGAAGCCCCGCACAGCUCGUUUGCUCCACUCCCAGAUAAGUUCCAAAAGGCAGUUGUGUACUCUGGGAUAAAAUUGCCGGCGGACGCUGGACCAGUGUGGAUUACCAGUUCAGAAGUGGAUGACAGUAGACGGUUGAGCAUCAGGCCCUGUGCUGGCUGGUCCCAGAGCGGAGAGGAAGUCCUCUUGAAAGUGAAUGUGAAGGGGCCUCGGAGUGCUGCAGCCUGCGGGCAUUUUCCUAUCUGAGAUGUCAGUCAAACGAGCGGAGGGGAUGUCCAUUGCCCAGGCUUUGGCCAUGACUGUAGCUGAGAUACCGGUGUUCCUUUAUUCCACAUUUGGGCAGUCCAUAUUUUCUCAGCUAAAGCUCACUCCAAGCCUGAAGAAGGUGCUGUUUGCCACAGCACUGGGCAGUGUAGCCCUAGCUCUCACUGCCCAUCAGCUGAAAAGGAGAGGGAGGAAGAGGCAACAGGCAGUACAAGGCAAGGAAGGCCAGAAGACAGUGGGAAUACCUGAGGCGCUGAUGAGGGCAGGUAAACCGUCAUCGUUAAAGAGAGGUCAGUUUCCUGGAAGACAGAUGAUGAGUCCGAGCACGCGGAGCAAUGACACAAUGAGUGGCAUCUCUUCCCUGGCCCCCAGUAAACACUCAAGUUCCUCGCACAGCCUGGCAUCUAUACGGGUCCCGCUCUCUCCAAACCAGUCAGCCAAUCCAUCCACUCCCUGGGAGGCAGAGCCUGUAGUGGAGGAGCCCGGUGCAGUGGAGGAUGCAAAUGCAGAGAAUCUCUAUAUAAUGGGGAUGGAGCUGUUUGAGGAGGCUCUGCAGAAAUGGGAACAAGCCCUGAACAUUCGCCACCGCGUCCACUCAACUUCCUCCAAUAACAGCCUUGCUCUUCAGGGGGCAGCAUGUGCAGACAUUCCUACGGUUGAAACCCGUAACAAAAUGUUUGCUGAGAAGUUGGAGACACUGCUUCACCGGGCGUACCACCUACAGGAGGAUUUUGGUAGCACCAUCCCAGCAGAUAGUCUCCUGGCAGACUUUGAGAGUGAAGGAACCCUUAUUUUGCCUCACUUGGAGAGCUCCCACAGACUGCAAGAUGACGAUGCGACUACUAUUUCCUCUGACGAUUCCUUCUUCUCAGCCGCAGAGUUGUUUGACGGCAUGUCUCUAGGAGAAGUCUACCAGCCACUGAGACCAGCAGCUCUAUACGAAGAGGCCGUGAAUCAGGUUCGGGAAGGCCAAGUGGUCUACAGAACUCUAAGGACUGAGCUACUUGAAUGUUACGGUGACCAAGACUUCCUUGCCAAGCUUCACUGUGUGAGACAAGCAUUCCAGACUUUGUUGUUGGAUGAAACUCACCGCACGUUUUUCAUGGAGACCGGGAAGCAAAUGAUUGCAGGGUUGAUGGUUAAAGCAAACAAGAGUCCUAAAGCCUUCCUAGAGAGCUAUGAGGACAUGCUGCUUUACACACAGAGAGAGGAGACAUGGCCUGUCACCAAGAUGGAGCUGGAGGGCCGAGGGGUGGUAUGUAUGAACUUCUUUGACAUUGUGUUGGACUUCAUCCUGAUGGACGCGUUUGAAGACCUGGAGAGCCCUCCCUCAUCCGUGGUGGCUGUGUUGAGGAACCGCUGGCUGUCAGACAGCUUUAAAGAAACGGCGCUGGCCACUGCCUGCUGGUCUGUGCUAAAAGCCAAAAGGCGUCUUCUUAUGGUUCCUGAUGGUUUCAUCUCCCACUUUUAUGCCAUAUCAGAGCAUGUGAGCCCAGUUUUAGCUUUUGGGUUUUUGGGACCCAGGCAGCACCUGAGUGAAGUGUGCACAAUCUUCAAGCAACAAAUCGUGCAGUACCUUAAGGAUAUGUUUGACCAUGACAAGGUCCGCUUCACCACUGUCCAGUGCUUGGCGGAAGACAUCCUGAACCUUUCCCACCGCCGCAGUGAGAUUUUGCUGGGCUAUCUGGGAAUCGAUAGCCUUCUGGAGCUCAACGGAGGCCUGCCCAGAGAGCCGGGGCUCCACUGAUGCGGCCCUUCAGUUGGGCUUACACAGGCCAGAUCAAAUGCAGUGUGCUACCAGGAGCAAAGGACAAGCGGCAGCUCAACAGUACUUCUAUAUUUAUUCAAAGACUGGAUGGACCAGCAGUAUCACUUGAUUCAUCAAACACAACUGACAACAGUGGGGUUUCAUCAAACACAACUAUUUUAAGAAGAUACGUUGUCUUCAGACUUGUCAUUGAUCCUUGUAUAAAUGGCAACGACAGCUGGUUGGACAUCUUUCCCUUGUUACUGGAUGCUCUCUGAUGUAUCGAGGCUACCUAGUUGCAUGUUGCACACGAUGUGUGUGGAAGCAUUCCCAGUAUCAAGAACUCACUGCACCUCCAAGUCACGUCGGGUGACGUUUCUGUGCGGGUAGAAUAUGCAACUUGGUAGAGAAAUGUUCUCUUCACUUGGAGAACAGUCACUCAUCACUGCUGGUCUUGGAAAUAAGACUUAAUUAUUCCUUAUGUUCCAGUGGGAAAGGAAAUUGUGUGAGAGUCGGUUGAUAUUGUGUAUUUGUAUGAUUUAUGUUAAAGGGGUGAGGAUGUUGGUUAAAACAAAGAUAUCUUUUAACACCUGUAGCCACUUGAAACCAUCCACUGGUGGAUAACUGCUGAAGGAUUGCUCCCCCUGUCUUCUCACCGGUCAGACUUAAGUCCUCUGUAUUCUGUGUGUUGUGCUGCAACAGGCAAACAGGGCAAAAACUCUAAAGUUUGUGCUAAAUUCAGAAGAGAUGGCCUGUGAAAUAAAUCUUCAGUACUCAAACUGAAAUUGAACUACUGCAAAACUAAAUUCCACCUCCAUACCACAUAAGUUUUAUCAGAUGUUUUUUUUGCUGUCUUCUCAGUUGAAGUGGGUGGAAGCAAAAUGGCAAAGGUUUUCUGAAUCAGAGUAUUUCCUUCACUUUGAUUUCGUUAGGCAAAGGAUGACAAGGACAUAGUUGCCAAUUGUAAAUUAUGUGCAAGCGCAAAGCUUGCACAUAAAGCCCUUCCACUACAGACAGCACAGUGCCAAGUGUCCUGGGACACCUGUUCAAACAACAUCACAUUACAGAGGAUAUGCUUGCCAAGUUUGAAAUUGUCAUAGAAAAGUAGCAUGAAUAGUGUAAUGAAUUACUGCUCUCAGGGAGUAACAAGUUAAAAAAAAUUACUUUGGAAAUGAGUAAUGGGGUCAUGCAGUACUUUUUUUGACUCACGAGACAACAUUCUUCCAAAUAGUUGUGAUUGAUUGAACUUUUCUGUGACAAUGGAGGUAGUUGGAUUUCCCUCAUAAAACCAAGCUGUAAUUACAGCUAGGUUCAAUUAAACAGCAAAACAUAUCGGGAAUGUUUAAUGGUGCCUGGUAAAGUUGUCUUAAUACAAGAUAUAUGAAGGUAUAAAGAAUUAAAUACUUUGAAUAACAGUACUUACCAAGUAUGCUCACUCUGAAGUGCAAAUACGUAUGCAGUUGUAAUUUUGAAGUGCAUAGCUCGCUGGCUGUAAAUCAGUAUCAGAAAAGAGUGUAAGAAAGAAAAAGAAGCUACCUUCGGUUUUCAAUCACUGUUAAUUUACUAGAACCAGGCACACACAUUUGGCCUGAUUUCACCAUCCAGCAACUUUGGUGUCUCUCUGAAAACCCUCGACCUCAGUGUUGCGGAUUGGUCGGUUAGCGACACAAAUGGACAUUCAUUUGUUGUCAUUCUGUAUGUAUGUUUGAUUUUUUUUUUUUUUUUUUUUUUUGUCUCUCGCGCAAUCUUUCCAGCAUACCUUGCCAUGGAAGGGGCCUGGGAAAGGGACAGUGCCAUCCAGUAGUCCCGGUGUGGACUUUUUUUUUAAUUUGAUUUCACAACGGUCUGUAAUGAAGGUCAGGGCAUUGUACAGUCAGGCUGUAACCUACAUAAGAAUUGCACUGAUAACCUCUGAGGUGUCUUCUUUUCCCCAAUAUUGUGAUAUUUUUGGAGAAAAGAGAGACUGAAGGGGCACUAAGAUGCAGUCCUAAGAAGGAUAAAUCUAUUACUGUUACAAAAAAAAAAAAAACAAAUCUCUUAUGCAGGCUAUAGUCUAUGUUUGUGUAGGAAGCUGUUGAAUAUUAAAUUAACUUAAUGAAAUAUGAGAAGAAUGAUUUAUUAUUAACAGAAAUAGAAGUAUGCUUGUGCUUAUAUGCUUAUAAGAAAUUUUUGACUCUAAUCAUCCAAUCAUUUUGUGUUUCAUAGUUCCAAAGGAGUUUCAUUUUCAAUACCCAACCAUAUAUCCAGGAAAGUCAGGUAUUUGUUAUUCAUACUAAAUGUGUGUAUGUGUAUGUGUUUUUUUUUUUUUUUUUUUUUUUUUUUUUUUCUGGUCUUUGGUCCUGUUCCUGUUGCAACAUGCCUCUGAAGAGACUUUCACAGCCACUCUUGUCUUAGCUCAUCCUCAAAAAUGUGGUUUUGGCUAGCUCACACUGAACUAACAUUGUCCUGCAUUCUUUUUGGUGUGUUUUAAUACGUCAGCACUGUAGGAAUAUUCCAGACUCUGUCAAAAAUGAACCAUAACUUCAAAAUGUAAAUGGAGCCUUUCCAUCACCAGUACAGAAAAUGACCUAUGACUUUUUUUUUUUUUUAAUCUGCCCAGGAUUAUUUGGAUUUUUUUUUUCAUUUCUUUUUGCACUUUAACAGCUAUGAAAAAAAAAAGUUCAGAAUGUCUCAAAACCCUUUCUAUCCUAGUCAAAUUAGCUGGCAAGUCACAUUUUACUGAUUCCAUUUCAUUUAUUACAUCGUAGAAAUGAGAAAUUAUUGAUAAUGAACAACAUAAAUGCUAUACAGUGCAAAAAAAUAACCAGAAAACUGCAUUAUGGAAAACGUGCAAUGAAGUGUAUCAAUAGGUAGCAGCAUACAUGGCCAAAUUUUUUUGUUUUUCCAUCGUUGUGUUAAUCAUUUUAAUUUUAGAAGUUGUUGUAGUCUGUUGUUUUUUGUUUGUUUUUUUUAUUUAAAAGAGAACUUUUGACUGGAUUUUUGCCAGCCGCUUAAAAGCUGUUCCCAUUGUUUUUUGAUUCCUGUUACUGUAAAAUGUAAAGUGUAUCUACAAUCAGUAUCACACAGGUGAUCAAAAUCAUUAAGAAAUGCUAACGUUUAGUGUUGUAUUGAAAGAUCGGUUAACUUUUCCUGGUUAGACAGCCCUCAGAAUUCAUCAUCAGAGAUUUUCUGCCUCAGCGCCCUUUGCAUGUCAACAUUGUAGGUUCUUUAACUCAGACUUAGGCCUAGGUGUGAAUAGUUUUGAAAAUCCCAAUUAGAAACAUUAUAAAGACAAUGGUACUUCUGGCUUUACCUAUUUAGCAACUUCCUAAAAAUCCAGGCAUGGACUCCUUAUGAAGCAUCCGGCCAGUAGAUUAUAGUUUCACGAGGAUUUUCAGAUGGCCAAAAAUGGAGAGAGAAUGCUUAAAUGUGCAUUUUUUUUUUAUGUAUGAAAGUCACUGUUGUACACUACAAGUGUCCUACUCAUGCCUUUUGUCUUUUCUAUUGUGAAAUUACAAUGCCAGCACAAACUGUAAGUUCAUUUUGAUUCUGCCUAUUACAUGUUAAUUUUUUUUCUUAUUAAAUUGUGUUCAUGAUGUCUUUUCCCAACA